AUGGGAAAAACUAUGGGAGUUAUCGCUCCAGUUAUUAUUAUAGUUCACUGGUUUUCAUUUCUCAACAAAAUUUGUCGAUUUCAGCAUUGUCAUUGAACGGUUUAUCAAUUCAAUAUUUCAUUUUUGAAAAGGUUAAAAAAUGACGAAAUAAAGUUGACUUGAAAAAGUGUUAGUGCCUUGAAAAUUCGAUAUGUUAUCGUCGCUUGGCUUAAAUUAUCAGGUUCUUAGUAAUUUUAUUGAACUAACUGGUCAUCUUCAUCAACUGAAGUCAUCAGUUUGGCCUGGCUUUCUAACAUAUUUAAAAUGUUUGAAAAAGAAAGUACAUCACGAGUCUAUUCCAUAUGAACAAGAAUAUGAAGUAAAGAGUCAGACACCAAUUUCUGAACUGUUGAAAAACCUCCCUCAUGGUUGGCAAAGACUGCUUUCACCCCUAUCAAUCACUUUACCUACACACAAAAUAGUCUUGCAACCAUGGGCAACUUCAUAUAUAUCUGGAGAAUCAUUUUAUGAAAAUAAACAUGGUUUUAGGUCAUCAAGACUUCUUGGAUCAAGUUCUACAAUGUGGCAUAAGAUAUCCCUACAACCAAUGUGGUCAAGAAAAAAUGGUGCAGUUUCUACACGAAAUAUAUACACUUACUCUGCUCAACAAAUUCGUGAUUUGGAAGAAAGAGCAAAUGAUAACCCCAAUGAUCCAGAUGCCCAGGCUGACUAUUUAAAGGCAAUAGUAAGUGAAGAUCCACAUUAUGUCAUUCGAAGAUAUGAAAGUGGGAAAUAUAAAAGUAGUGAUGAAGUUUAUAGAGAGUAUUAUAAGGCGCUUGUAAUGACGGAUAAAAUAAGAAAUGAUGAAAUUGGCGAGGCGGCAAGAAAGCCAUUUCUUUCGUUUCGUCAACGCCCAGCAAAAUCAUCUUCCAGCGAGUUAGGAAGUGAAGGGAAUCCAGUUGUCGUUUCUAUGAAUAAUGAUAAACGGUCAUUUUUCAAAGAACAACUGUGGAAUACGUUAAGAUUUCUUAUAGGUCUUUUCCUUAUUGUAUCCGUUCUGGAGGCGCAACUCCAAAUGAGAAUGACUUCAAAUCAAAAGGAAGUUCAACCGGACAGCUCAGACAAAAAAGUAAAAUUCUCUGAUGUUCAAGGCGUUGAAGAGGCCAAACUUGAAUUAAGAGAAAUUGUUGAGUUUUUAAGAUCACCAGAAAAAUUUACCAAGCUUGGUGGAAAGCUGCCAUCAGGUAUUUUAUUGGUUGGUGCCCCAGGAACUGGUAAGACGUUGCUUGCCAAAGCUGUCGCCGGCGAAGCGGGAGUUCCUUUUUUCUUUUGUUCUGGAGCUGAAUUCGAUGAAAUGUUUGUUGGAGUUGGCGCUGCUAGAGUUAGAAAUCUUUUUGCUUCUGCGAAAGAGCUUUCUCCUUGUAUAAUAUUCAUUGACGAACUUGAUGCAAUUGGAGGCACACGAAGUGUUGGUGAUCAUCAACCAUAUUCAAGAAUGACUCUGAAUCAACUUCUUGUUGAAUUGGACGGAUUUGAUAAAACUGAGGGUAUUGUCGUUAUUGCUGCCACAAAUUUUCCUGAAAUUCUUGAUAAAGCUUUAGUUCGUCCUGGACGUUUUGACAGCCGUGUGACCGUCCCAAUGCCUGAUGUUCGUGCUCGUAAAAGCAUUCUUGAGUUGCAUCUUGGAAAAGUAGAGAUGGCGGACGAUGUUAGUCCAGAGACUUUGGCAAGAGGUACUCCAGGUUUUUCAGGUGCCGAUCUUGCAAAUUUGGUGAAUCAAGCCGCCUUAAAGGCAGCAAGUGAAGGUCAUGCUUAUGUCAAUAAUGAACAUUUGGAAUAUUCAAAGGAUAAAAUAAUAAUGGGACCUGAGAGAAAAAGUGCUUUUAUCGAGCAGAAGAAUCGUGAAGUUGUUGCUUAUCACGAAGGAGGACAUGCAUUGGUUGCUUAUUAUACAUCAGAAGCCUUACCGUUACAUAAAGCUACUAUUGUACCACGUGGUGAUGCUUUGGGUUUGGUUGCUCAGCUUCCUGAGAAGGAUGAACUAUCGUGGACAAAAAAACAGUUAAUGGCAAAACUUGAUGUAUGCAUGGGUGGUCGCGUCGCUGAAGAACUCGUAUUUGGCAGUGAUAAUAUAACUAGUGGAGCAUCGAGCGACUUCUUUCAAGCAAAUAAAAUAGCGCGAGCCAUGGUGACAAAAUACGCGAUGAGUGACAAGGUUGGUCCACUUGUUAUUACUGAUGAAGAGAAAUUGAGUCCUGAAUUACACAACUCGAUUGAAAAUGAAGUGAAACGACUCAUAAAAGAGUCUUACGAGCGAGCGAAGAAUAUUAUUCAGAGUUAUUCAAUUGAACAUAAGCGUCUUGCCGAAGCAUUGCUGAAGUACGAAACACUAAACGUUGAAGACAUUGAGGCUGUUAUUCAAGGAAGAUCUAUCGAGUAAAAUGUUUAUUUUUUCAUGUACUAUAAUAGUCAUAGCACCGUCUUUACUGCAUGUCUAGCAUGAAAAGAUAAGCUUGACAUCUCCAUUUUCUUGAGAUAAGCCACUUGAUUUAGCAUGUAGAAAACUCAAACAAGUAUGGAAAUUUAAAUAUAUAGCAUUUACUAAGUACAAAAAGAAGUGCUUUCUAGAAAUUCUUUACGGUGUUCACUCAUUAGUUUACUCAAAGUUUACGUUUUAUUGUCUAUAAAGAAGAGAUGUAAUGAUUCGUAAAAUUUUGUUAUGUAUUUUUAAUUUUCUUUCUUUUUUUUGUUUUACUGUCAAACGAUUUGCCUCAGUCUCCUUACGUAGCAGAGAAAACGAGUCGUUCAUUAAAAAAAUAUUACAAAAAAUAAUUUAUAAAUUAUGUAAUAAACACUUGUAUUGCCAUGGCAAUUGCUUAAGCAGCUCAUCUCUUUUAGAUAUUACUAAUUUGUAACACAUGCUACAAAAUUUGAUUUAUUUUUUUCUAAAA